AUGCCAUCUCAGGACCAGUUACCGGAGAACAAGUCCAAGUGCACUUGUAUGUGCCCCCGGUUCCACCAAGAGCGUCACUACCGCACUGCACGCGCCUGCUCCGGUUCUACACCGGAAACUGCAGUGAAGUGUGGACUUGUAGGGGACAGAGGUGUAGGGGACAGAGGUGUAGGGGACAGGUGGAAGACCAGCCUGAUAGUGAGCUAAACCACAAACGGAUACCCGGUGGAGCACGGGCCCACUAAACUGUUGUAUCUUCCAGCAAGGAUGGAUGUGGAUGGAAGUCCGGUGCAGCUUCAGCUCUGUGACAUGGCCGGACAGGACGAACUUGAUUGUCUGUGCCCAUUCUGUUACCGUGACGCUGAUGUUUUCCUGCUCGGCUACAGCAUCGUCACUCCUUCCUCCUUCCAGAGUGUGAGGAAGCGCUAGGUUCCUGAAGUGCGCCACGUGAGCCCGGUGGCCCUCGUGGUCCUGGUGGGGACGCAGUCUGACCUGCGACAGGUCCUCAUCCAGCUGGCACGGCAGCGAGAACGGACAGUGAGUGUAGAUAAAGCGAGGCUGGUCGCACGCGGCCUGGGGGUUACUGCGUUCACCAAGUGCUCGGCUUUAACGCAGAAGAAUCUGAAGGUGGUUUUUGACACAGCCAUCGUGGUCAGUUUAGAGCACAAGGAGAAGAUGAAGGGGUUGAGGCAGAGGCCAAGGCUGACACUGAGGGAGAAAACGCCCAAUAAGAUCAGACAACCCUCACAGACCUGGUGGAGGAAUGUCAGCUGUUUCAUGUGAGGACUUUGUCGAAGGUUUUAUCUGUCACUUCAGCCUCGCUCUAUCCUGUUCACUA